AAAUAAUUUACCUGUGCAAUUUCAGUUCUUUGUUUUUUAGCCGGUGCUGGAUUGUUUUUUUCAGAUUUACAUAAAAUUAAAGCACAAUGACGAGUAGGGGUCGUAACUACCAGAACAACGAGUGGGAUUCUACACGGGACGACUUCAACAGUUCCCUGUACGACAACCAGUACCAAUCCGAUGACAUUGGUGGUGAUGGAAACCUGGAUCACUGUCGGCUUUACAUCAAGAACAUACCCAAGGGUCUGAAUGAUGAAGGUCUUCGAGCUCUUUUCGCCAAGUUCGGGACUCUCGUCGAAGUAUAUCUCAGUAAAGAUCCGCAGAAGAGUUACGCGCUAGUGAGAUAUGAGACAGCUGGAGAAGCUAAGUUGGCGAUGAUGAAAAUGAACAGGACUGAACCAUUGAAAUUGUUCAUCAGCAUCGCUUACAAGUCCAACGCUAAAUCCAAGCAGAACCAGAAUCAGAAUCAGAGCCGGGGGUAUCCAGAGAGAUCGGAACGGAACGAUAGAAGCGGGAGGGAGAGGAACGAUAGGAGUGAGAGAAACAGCGUGAGCAUUAGCCGGGAUCGAGACGAGAGCGGGAGUGUCAUCAGCCACGGGAAGAACUCACGAAUGGCAGACGAUGUUCCUAAUGGAGAUAACAAUAUGGAUGACCUGUUGCUGGAAGAUGACUAUGGGUUCUCAGACAUCCUAGACCCAAACCUCCACCUGGAACUGGAAAGUCUCAAGCUGGAACAGCUGAAGGUACGGGAAGAGCAGUUGCAGGUCAAGCAAAGGGUUAUAUUGUUGAAACAGGCGGAAAGACGACCUAUGACGCAGAUGAGUAAUCGGUGCAUUCUGCCUGAUGGAAAGAUCGUGGUUCGCAACAAUGCUGACAGCACUGUCGCAACAGUAAAACAGGUCAGGUUUCGGGAUUCCCGAGACGCUGACGUCAGCUUCAGCGCGGGCGCCGGCGAUUCGAACGAAACCACGAUCUGUUCCUGUAAAGUCAAGACGAAGAGGUCCUGGGAACACGUGCGAACAGAUGAUGGUAGUUCCACGCCUUCGACUUGCGUUCUUUGCUCCGAAGAUAGAAGCGAGAACAAGCACUAUAGAGAUAAGUCGGUCACAAGCAAAGUAACAGAUAAAAAAUCAGAAUACUCGAGCAAAUUUGUCAGUAGCAAAACUACAGACGUUAGGAAAAAGAAAUCCGACUGUAGUAAGGUGACUGAUACUUAUAGUAAGAGAUCUGACGCGACUAGCAAAAAGGAAGUUAAACGAUGCGGCAAAUGUAGGAGCGAGGUGACAUGUGACUUGAAAUAUAGUGACUUUUACACCGACAGUGAUGACGAGGACGAGACUAAUAGACUUAUACAACUGCGCAAUGCAGACUACAUGGACAUUGUAGACGAGGAUUUGAAAUUAGUCAUUGCUUUAGCAGGGUACCCUAAAUCAAAGAUGCGACUAAGACAAAUGGAGCAAUUCCAACGAGGUCUAACCGACGUUAUCGAUAUGCAGCUAAAAGCUGGUCUUUUAAAGCGAGUACCAUCUUUUUUAGACUACUAUUUGAACCGAGGAGCGUUAGUAUGCAUUUGUAAAGACGUAGACACUAGGGACUGGAUGGUUCGCAUCUCCCCUGGUCUUCAAGAAAGGAUGUGUACUAACUUAGUUCUACUUAAGGCGAAAGUCAAAAGACUGUGCUUGGCAGUUCUAAAGAUUCCCAGGUCCUGUUGGCCGGCUACAGCUCAAGAUGCUUUCAAACUUCUACAAUAUUUUAACCCUAUGCUAAAGACGAGCCUAUGGAAGAUUUACGCGCAGAAAACGGUCGAAAAUGUUGAGUUUACGUCGUUCUUAAUUGAUAGGGUUUCAGGAGAGAUUAUUCGAGGCCCAUCGUUCAAAAAUGUAAUAGAUUACGGACAGAUGGAGUUUGAAUUGACUGGGUACACUGAAAUCUACUAUGAAUGUCUUCUCUCCGGCAUGGAAGAGGAUUUGAGGAGUGUAGCAUCAAGAGUAAAACUUCUUGAUGAACUAAAAUCAGCAGAGACUACCCCAAGAAACGCGUCUGACGUUGAUGUAAGUGUCAAAGAAGUAGGAACAGUGAAAGAAGAAGAAGAAGAAGAUGAUAAUACUAUUGCAGAAGAAGAAGCUACCACUAUCGAGCCAGAAACAGAAGGCACGAACGACGUUCAAAAAGAACUAGAAAGUGGUUUACAAAAAGAUAUAUUAAAGAAACUCAAAGACGUAAAAUAUAUUAGCGAUAGAGAUGAAGUAUUAGUUUGGUCGGACGAAACUAAUAAUUACAGUAAUGAGAUUGAAGCGGAAAAAUCUGAAAACACAGGCAAAGAACAAGAUAACUUAGAAAGCAAUAUCGCGUCUACUUCUGGUGUGGCCGUCUCUGAUAAAACUGAAUCUUUUAUAGAAAGUAAUGAUAAUCUCAUUGCGAGAAGUAGCAACUUGAACAUAGAUAGCAAUAGAGGUAUUGCUUACCAUAGAAGAACUAACUACUUACACGUAGAACACGAACUGAAAGUUGCAAUUACUCUAGAAGGAUACCCACAGAACAAAUUAGAAGGAACUCACAUCCGAAGACUGAAACAUCUAUUCAAAGAGUAUUUACACAAAGAUAUGAAGAUGCAACGCUUCGCCAACCUCAUUAUACCAAAAUUUCAAGACAUUUACCUAUCUAACGGUGCUGUUAUCUACAUCUGUGACAGUUUAGAAACUAAAGACUAUUUAACUGAAGUUUUGCCGAAGUUUAUCAACUCGACUGGUUUGAAACUCACCUUUAGAGAUAUUAAAAAUUUAGUUCGGUAUACUAGGAUAGUGAUGAGGCUACCUAAGGAACAUGCACAUGUAGAAUCUGUAGAGAUUUUACUCAAGCUACAAAGUAAAUAUCCAGGUUUAAAGCCAGACUGCUGGAAGUAUUACUCAGAUGUUGCUGGAAAGCAGAAGAGACAGUUUGGAGUAGACCCUGAGUCCUUAGAAGUAAUCAAGAGUCCCGAAUUUGAUCCUAGUUACGAAGGAGAUAAGCUUACUUUUAGGGUAAUCGAUAGACAGAAACGUGACGUCAGCUUUGAUGAAACUCAUAAAGAAAUUGAUGAUGUAGGCGCCAAGAAACAGAGAGAUGUCGUGCUUAAACAAAUGUAUGUGCCGAUAGACCCAGAAAUAAUGGCUGCUCCAUUAACAAGGAUUCGAACGAACCACUACUCUGACUUAAUCGCUGAUGACCUCAAAUUGUAUGUAGGUCCCUCAAACUAUCCAGAAUCUAGAAUCGACGAAACGUUAUUCCACUCAAUCAAGAGAACAUUCGAGAAUAUUAUUCUAGAAGCUUUCGAAAAAUCUGAGAUUAAGGAGGAGACAAUGCCGAAGUUCCAUGAUAUGUACCUGUUUGAUGGCGUCAUCUUCAUCAUAUGCCAGGCUAUGGAAGCUAGGAGUUGGAUCGAACAAACAAUCUCUCUAGUCAACUCCAAACUACACAUACACCUAAAGUCUACAGAAUUUCGAGGAGCAGUUGGCAUCAUAAGCAUGGUUUGCAAAACAGACAAGGACACAGACGAAGUCAUUGCGUUACUACAGGAUCAAAACCCUAGAUUAAGAACUAAAUAUUGGAGGAAAAUAAGCACCGUUCGGACUAAAACGAAACUAGACGUCGUAUUACAAAUAGACAAACUGUCGGCUCAAGUGAUAACUGGACAGAAUUUCAAAAAAAUCAUCGGUAACAGCGCUGUACAAUUCAAAUUGGGACACUUGCAAUCUUUAUUAAAACCUAAAUCUAGUCUAGAAGAAUUAAGCAAGCUUCACGCAAAACGUAUAGAGCAAAAAGCAAGUGAUAAAGAAGCCUCAGACAAGUCAAAAAGCAAGGUUUCAAUGCAAGGCCCUAAAGAAAAAAGUUUCGAUGACGUCAAAUGCGAAUUAAAAAAAGAUUAUCCUAAUUUGAAAUUGGAACAAUGGAGCGUCAUAGCCCAACAUGAUAAAACCGUGCAUAACGUGUGUGAUUUAGAAAUAGAUGGAGAUUCAGCCAGUAUGAUUAAGAAAGAAGAAUUUGAACUGAACAUGGGUGAUCAGAAGAUAUUCUUCUAUACGGGCAAUAAAAUGGAUUCCGAUUUAGACCCUGUCAUUAUUGAACCUGAUUCUCCAAAGAGUGUUGAAACUGAACUCAUUUUACCAGAAUCUCAAGGAUACCACAAAGUCAUUAUGAAAAUACCUAUGAACAUUUUGCCAGAAAACAAAGAUGAUUUGAACAUUAUAUUUGACUUACUUGAAGAUAAGAACCCGGGUCUAAAUACAGAAUUAUGGCAGAUAUUCACCGACACGAUUUACCCAAGUAAUGGGAAAUUUACCGUGUAUAUUGAUAAGCAAUCAGUUUCUGUUUUACAAGGCAAGAAUUUUGAUCCCUCCAUUGGAGGGGAGAAGCUCAAAUUUUUCUUCUAGUACAAAUAUUCAAUUGACUGACGAAGUGAUAUACUACUAUGUGCCUUAACUACUACAGAAUAUGAGUGAUAUUUGACUGUGAACUUAUAGCUCGGUUUUAUGAAAAUACGUUGGACUUCAUCAGUAACUAAAUUGACUUUAAACUAAGGAUUUUGACUAUAUGCCUUUAUUGUAUUAUAAAUAUCCGUUUUAAGUAACAUUUCAAGACGUUUAGCGUUUAUUUUAACUGAUUUUGAUAGAUAUUCCGUACGCAUACGGUUGAUUAUUCAAUGCAGAUAAAUCCCUACAGUACCAAGUUGCGUAUUGCGGUUAAACUUGGUCUUAUCACCCUCGCAAUAGAGUUUAAAAUCAGUUAAAAAGACGGUAAUUAAAUCGCACGUUGCUUAAAAUGGACGAAGUGUGAUGUUUUUUUUAUAUGAACUAAGUUUUAUACUUAUUGUAUGUAGUUAAGUCUGUGUUCUAGGUACUGUCUUUCAACUUCAUUUAAUAAUGAGACGAAACUCUUUAGUAGUAAAUUCGAGCAUAUUUUGUGUUUGUACAAAGAUGACAUCAAAGAGGAUUUGACUGCAAGUGAUAGUAGUUUUCGUUAUAAACCAAUGUAAUGUAGAAAUUGUCCAGUCAAUUCGUUCUUAGAUAUCGUCAUGAGCUAACUAACUUCAGCACUUGUAGUGUAGAUUGUACAGGCCACUGAUGGUAGCUAUGUUGUCUAUCCAGACGAUACGUGUACUUGGCCAUCGUCAUGAGCUCACAUGUAAAAAGUGACUCGUGUAGUGUAGGGAUAGUCUAGUCCAGUGUUUCUUAAACUGUGGGUCGCGACCCCUAGGGGGGUCGCGAAGCCUUACUCGGGGGGUCGUCGACUGAAAGAAAAACGUCUCCACCGAGUCCGCGGACCCGCCGCUCAGACAGGCCCCAUAUGAUCCACGUUGGGCGCUGAAACAGCUGGACCGGGAGGUUUUCCUGGAAGCCGCAAUUGUGCAGGCCUGGGUGAUACCACCGGUCGGACGGUACUCAACGAGUUAUAUCGCGCGUAGCUUUAACAACUUACCUCGUACUUACUUUCAAUACUCUCGCAGCUUCUUGCAGAGUAGACCUGAAUAAUUGAUAAAGGUACCAAAAUAGUAGAAAAAAAAUCAUUAACGUAUGUAGUCUUAAUUAAAUUUUAUUAGUUCUUAGUCUUUCUAUGACACAAGGGGGUCGCCAGAUUUUCUCAACUUGUAAAGGGGUCGCGAAAUCAGAAAGAUUGAAAAACACUGGUCUAGUCAACUGAUGGUAGCGGUGAUUAUUCAGGCGAUUCGUACUGCGGUGUCGAUUUGAAUGGAAACGACCACCUGAUUAUCAUCACACGGAGAAAAUAGCCAGUCCUUCAGUAUAACAGUUCUGCUUGGAAUCCCAAAUAUUUUUGCUCAAUUUUGACCCUGUCAUGCUCACUUAAAAGUCUCGCUGAUGGUAGCGUCAUGUGUCAGGUGCUUCAGUUCCCUGCAUUGUGGUCGAGCUGAACUACGCUGAUGCAUGCGUUGUACUCGUGAACGGGUGCUGUCAGUUGGGACUGGUCAGGUCAAGGCUAACCACCCAAAAAAUAGGCAGUCCAAUCCCUUUCCAAAUAGUGGCUGACAGGAAACCAGCGUGCCCAUCUAAAGCGUUUUACGAGGAAUUGGUGAGGUUACCGGAGGCCUAGCCCCUUCCUUUAUAAAUGGCUAGCACUUGGUAACUCCUCCGAUGUUGCGGGAGUCCAUGGGUGCCGCUGAUUGCUUACGAUCAGUGCCUUUAGCCAAA